CCCUUUACAGGAAACACACAGAGUGAACUCUGUAUUAAUUAGAUCCGAGGAUUUAAAUAGAAAGUCUGUGGACAAUUCUGUAGUUGUUACGGCCUGAAAAAAUAUUUCAAAAAUUCCAUGUGCUCAGAUGUAAAGUACAGCCAAGCAUGUGUGUUGAACACUAACAUGUACUGUAGGCAUUAAUGUACAAAUACUGGAAAGUAGGAGGGCUGAAGAGAAAAUUCGCCAAAAGGAUAAGGUUGCGGUUCCAGGAUGGGGAUUUUUCUAAUCGCCGUCGUUAUCCCAUUUGGCCCUGUGCCUUCACAAAUCAAUCGAUUCUUUUGGUUUCCACCGCAGCCGACGGGAGAUUGAGGAUUUGCAACGCGUGAGCGGGUUCGCCGCUAUGCGCUGGAGGCCGCCUGAGGAACUGCGCUGCAUCCUCUUGGAGGCCGCGACCACGCGCCGCUGCGCCCGGCUGCCGGCCGGGAGCGCAAGGCCCCGCCGUCGCGCUUGAUGGGGUCUUCGUGCCAUGCGUUGGAUGCUGCAGGGUGGCCGUGGCUGCCAGCGUAGGUCGCUGCUGCGAACCACGAUGCGGGCAAUCCGCGUCGGGAGGAUCCGCCCUGCGAUGCCUCUGGACCGCCGGGAGGAGCACUAUCAAGGCCGAAGGCCGACGCGUCCUCUGCACCGGAUAGCGUCGCCGCCAGGGCUGUGCACCACGGUCUCGCCGUUGGGCAUUGGAAUGGGGAACUAUCUGACGAGUAGAAUUACGGCAGAGAAGCACGCCCAUGUUAAGACUUCCAAGAAUCGCAACGGAAGGCCUGGCGUUAGGCUUCAAGACCUUCCAGAGGAUGUACUGUGUACAAUUUUAUCGAAAUUACCUGCGAAAGAAGCUGUACGGGCCAGUGUUUUGUCGAGUGACUGGCGAUGUGCAUGGACAGCUUGCCCCAGGCUAAGCUUUGGUGCCGACGAUGUGAGUAAGAAUGUGAAGGGGAAACCUCAGCGCACCAAGAUGUUCAUCGACCGUGUUAAUGCGGGUUUGCGCAAGCACAACGGCAGGGCUGUUGCCCAAAUUGAGAUUAAAUAUAUAUUCGAGAGCAAGCUUGUUGAUCACCUCAAUAAUUGGAUUAGAUUUGCUAUGUCAGCACACACAAAGAAUCUAGCUUUUGAUUUGGCGCCACCAAACAAUUUCCCGGAAUAUGGGGAUCAUUACAGAUUCCCAUCUGAACAAUUUACAGACAACAAAAGUGUAUCCUGUCUAGCCUGUCUUCAACUCAGCUUUGUACGUUUCGAACCACCUCCUACCGGUUUCAUAGGUUUCCCACACCUAAGAAAGCUUCAUCUCCAUGUAGUCAAGACCACUAGGCAGGACCUCGAGAGUGUCUUGUGCAGUUGCGUUAAUCUUGAGUGGCUGAGCUUACUCAGAUGCCAUCUCAAGGAUGAAAUGAAGGUGGUUCGGCGGCCAUUGUGCCAACUGCGCUACUUGAAAGUCGUGCACUGUGAUAUAACCAAGAUAGAGUUCGAUGCUGCAAAGCUCUCCACCUUUGUUUAUGAUGGACCAUACAUGCCUAUUACCCUCCAUCAUGCUGCAAAACUGGAAAAUGCAAAAUUUUGGUUCCGCCGUGCGGUUUUUCAGCGUUGUAUCGCGUCGCUCCUCAAUGGGCUACCAGAUGUACAAAAACUGACAUUGCAACUUGGAAUGCAACGGCUAGAGAGCCGGUGGACGUUAAAUAGCCCUCGAGUGUUUUCUCACCUCAGGCAUGCGCAGAUACUGUUGAUUAUACAUCGUGAAGAUAGUGACAAAAUCCUCUACUUAGUUUCUUUUCUAAGGGUUGCUCCGUUCAUUGAGAGGUUGGAAGUACAUUUUCAUGGCCUUUAUACUUUGUGGUUUGCAACCGAUGGACCUUUGAGACAAGAAAUACCGCCGUGUGAAGAUAAAUAUGUGAAUCUGAAGGACAUGCGCAUUACAGGAUUCAAAGGGGCGAGAGGCCAAGCUGAAUUCCUUAUGUACGUGGUUGAAAAUGCUCCUGCAAUAGAGGCGGUAACUGUAGAUACAGCUCAAAGGCUAAUUGAUGCUUGGGAUCCAGAGGAACCAACCCCUAGAAUAGAUAGUGCUGCUCUUAAUAUGGUUAGAGGUCCUCUCCUUAAGAGACUCCCACCGAAUGCAAAUCUUUUACUUGUUUAAGACAUUCAUGCAUUGUUGUAUAUAUAUGUAACUGCAGAAUGUAGAGUAGUCUUUUUUCGCGAA